AUAAAAUAAUCAUAUUCAAUGGAAACAAUAAAAAAAUCAAUCACAGACGAAAAAAACACGUUUGAUCAAAGUCUGACUAGCCUUGAAACCAAUAAUCAGAAUAUAGAUCUCGACUCUGGUUUCUCUUGUGUGUCUCUAAAAGAUGCAAACAACGAAGUAUUUUAUAUCGACGAAAAAUUAGAAAAGGCACUAGUAAAGAAACUCGAUUGGCAUAUUUUACCAUUAUUCUGUCUAUUUUACUUUGCUGAUUUUCUUGAUCGCGCCAAUAUUGGAAAUGCAACUUUGGCAGGUUUACAAGAUGAUCUUGGGAUGACUUCAACUGAAUUAAGUACAUCUAUUUCUGCAUUUUUCAUAACAUAUAUUAUCUUUGAAGUACCUUCAAAUGUGGUAUUAAAAAAGACAAACGCAGCAAAAUGGCUUUCAUUUAUUAUGUUUGUUUGGGGUGUUGCUACUUUAUUGACAGCCUUUGUCAAUAAUUUUGCUGGACUAGUAGCGGCAAGACUUAUAUUAGGUGCUGCAGAAAGCGGAUACAUCCCUGGAAUUCUAUUUUUGUUGUCAAAAGUGUACAAACCACAUGAAUUUAGUUUCCGAGUCAGUAUCUUAUUGACCAUGGCCACGCUUUCUGGUUUAUUAUCAGGCCCCUUGACCUAUGCUGUUUCAUACUUUGAUGGGAUGAAUGGAUUUCACGACUGGCAGUAUUUGUUUAUAUUUGAAGGUGUGCCCACAAUCAUUCUAUCAGUUAUUUCCUAUUUCUACUUAUUCGAUGAUGUCCAAGAUGUGAAAUGGUUAACUCUCGAGCAAAAAGUAAUGCAAGCAAACAGAAUGAGCCAUCAAAAUUCUGACUCUAAUGAAGCACCCAUCAACUUGGAUACUUUUAAAGAAGCCAUAUUUGAUUGGAAGACAUGGGCAUUUUCCAUGGUAUUCUUGUUAAACUCAAUCAAUGUUACAAGCAUAACCGUGUUUGCGCCCACUUUAAUCGGAGGAUUUGGAUUCUCGCCAUUAACGUCACAGCUUCUAACAGCACCUCCUUGUGCUGUAGCCACUAUUGGUGUUUUAGCCGGUGGAUAUUUAGCAGGUCGAUAUAAUCGCAGAUCUCCAUUACUUGUGGUGGGUUCUUUUAUUAUUGCUAUAGGAUACCUUUGUCUUUUAGUACUUUAUGAUAAAUGGGCUCUUUACAGCGCGUUAUUUAUCAUCCCUGCUGGUAUGGGAAUGCAAGCUGCUGCUGCAAUAGGCUGGUCCGCAAUAAACUAUCCUGACCUUACGGUAAGGGCUAUUGCUGUAGCUGUAGUUCUCAUGAUAGGAAAUAUUGGCAGUAUAAUUGCUGCAUAUCUUUUCCGUUCAACUGAUGCACCUAGAUAUGUAUUUGCCGUUGUAUUUAAUCUGGUCACUGCAGUUGUAUCCGCUUUCAUCUCUACCGCAACAGGAUAUCUAUUAUACCGCGAAAAUUGUCGCCGAGACAAGAACCCUCAUGAAACUGAUCAAUUCAGAUUCUUUUAUUAAGAUGACUUUGUACCCUAAUAUAAAUAUUUAAAUAAAAUAAUGCAUACAUAAUUGUACUGUUACAAU